UUCUCUCUUAUUAUUAUGCAGCCACUCACCAUUGCGUCUUCCUCUUUUUAGAUUUCAGACUCUAAAUCGCUCUUGAUUGAUUUUGUUCUUGUUUGUGUUUCUUAGAUGGCUAAAAGACACCUCCUUUUCUUAUUACUCAUCUUUCAUUCCGCCAUUCUUGUGCUUUCUCAGUUGGACGAGUUCAUCUUCCAUGGAUUCAAGGGCCGCAAUUCUGCAAACAUAUCCCUUAACGGCGCCGCCGAGAUCAAGGCCUCUGGCUUGAUCAGGCUGACCAACGAUACCUCGCGUUUACUAGGUCGUGCCUUCUAUUCAAACCCGAUUCGGUUCAGAGAAUCGUCCUCCCCUGCCACCAGUUUUUCCUUCUCCACCGCCUUUGCCUUAGCCGUCGUUACAGCUCCCGGAAGGCCCGGCGGCCAUGGCAUGACCUUCGUUAUCUCGCCGACAAAGGAACCAGCUGGGGCGCUUCCGAAUCAGUACUUUGGACUCGUAAACCAAAACAACACUGGUAAUUUCUCAAAUCAUUUGUUUGCGAUAGAAUUCGACACUGUUCAGGACUUGGAAUUGAAGGAUAUAAACGAUAAUCAUGUUGGAAUCGAUAUUAACGGUCUAAUUUCGAAUGAAUCUGUCACUGCUGGGUAUUUCGUCCAAGGAAAUUCAACGAUGCAAAUCAUUGAUUUGAAAGGGGGACAUGUGAUUCAGGCAUGGGUUGAUUACGAUUCCAUCAGAAAUGAAAUUAACGUUACUCUCUCUCAAUCAUCUUCGAAACCAUCAACACCGAUUUUGUCAGCUAAAGUCGAUCUCUCGCCGAUUCUUGAAGAUUUCAUGUAUGUUGGAUUCUCUGCUUCGACUGGCUUGCUAGCCAGUACCCAUUAUAUCCUCGGAUGGAGCUUCAAGAUGAAUGGGCAAGCUCCCUCUCUGGAUUUAUCCUCUCUCCCUAAACUUCCUCGGCCCAAAAAACCCCGCACCGCCCUAAUCGCCGGCGUAUCCGCCGCCUCCACUGCUGUGUUGAUGUUUGCUGUUGGAGCCGCCAUCUACUUAGUAAAAAAAAUCAAAGAUAUGGACGUGAUUGAAUCUUGGGAGCGAGACGUUGGUCCCCAUCGAUUCUCCUACAAACAAUUGAAGCAGGCGACGAAGGGUUUCCGCGAUAAAGAGCUUAUUGGGUUUGGAGGAUUCGGUCGAGUUUAUAAAGGGGUUUUACGGAGCCAAUUAGUUGCUGUGAAGCGAAUCUCACGAGAUUCUAGACAGGGGUUGAGGGAAUUUGCAUCGGAGAUCACCAGCAUCGGCCGUCUUCGCCAUCGGAAUCUGGUUCAAUUGCUCGGGUGGUGCCGCCGGCGAAACGAUCUGUUACUCGUAUACGAGUUCAUGCCGAAUGGGAGCUUAGACAAAUACAUAUUCGACGAACCAGCACAAAUCCUGAGUUGGGCACAGCGAUUUAAGAUCAUGAAGGGUGUCGCUUCGGGUUUGUUGUAUCUGCACGAUGAAUGGGAACAGGCGGUUAUACACAGAGAUGUUAAAGCAGGAAACGUGUUGUUAGAUUCUGAGAUGAACGGAAAAUUGGGGGAUUUCGGUUUGGCGAAAUUGUACGAGCACGGUACGAAUCCGAGUACGACGCGGGUGGUGGGAACACUGGGUUAUCUAGCGCCGGAGCUGACAAGGACCGGAAAACCCACGACGGCGUCCGACGUUUUCGCUUUCGGAGCUCUGUUAUUGGAGGUGGUGUGCGGGAGAAGACCGAUUGAGGCAAAGGCAUUGCCGGAGGAGCUGAUAUUGGUUGAUUGGAUAUGGCAGAAUUGGGUCGACGGGACGAUAUUGAAGGUGGUGGAUCCAAGACUUGGAGGGUAUUUUGAUGAAGGAGAGGUGAUGGUGGUGAUUAAAAUCGGGUUGAUUUGUUCGAACGAUGCGGCGGCGGCGAGGCCUAGUAUGAGGCAGGUAGUGAGGUAUUUGGACGGGGAAAUGGAGUUGCCGGAGACGGUUGAAGCGCCGGCGGGAGGAGGGGAAUCAGUUGGGUUUUCGGGGAUGAUGAUGGAAAGUUACUCUUCGUCCAAGUUUACGGGGAAGACGAGCUCGUCGGAAUACGAGACCUUUCCACUUUCGGGUACCGGUGGAAAAGACGGCCGGUAGCCUGUCCAGAGAAUGAAUUUUAUUAUUAUAUCUUGUUUGGCUUGAAUAACUGAUUAUAGCAUAAUAUUCAAAAUCAGUCUAAAAGCCCCUAACCAAAAUUUUCAAUUUGAAUAUCUUUAGUGGUUCUAUUAUUUAGAGUGCAUUGCCAUGUUUAUAAAGAUUGUUUUUAGACAAUAUUAAUUAUAAUAUUGGGCCGAAUUAUAUUUAUC